AUUAUUGAUCACAGACCGAUCUAGGACACAUAUCUGGAUCAAAGCUACAAAAUCCACAAACUAUAAAAGAUAAUGCCUUCUUCAAAGGAUAAAACUAUUUUCACGGUACUCCUCUUAAUCGCUGGAUGCGCAGGAUUCAUCCAGGAAAUGACCCUUUACCACGGUCUUGACUGUACCGGCGCUGGGAUGAUCUUCCAAACAAAGGAGACCAACUUACAAAAUUUUAAUUUCUUUCUUCCCGGGGUACAAUCAUAUAAGGCUCGAGGAUGGUGGUGGUUUUUCAGCGGAACGGGAUUCUCCCCCUACAUUACGCACUCAAGCUACAGGUCCGUGCCAACCUGUUUCAAUUCUACUACACCACGGAGAGCAUCGUCACUCAGAUUUGCAGGACCAUUGGAAUCUGACACCCCAGCCCUUGCUGUUUACGACCUCGACAGCGCGUCUGGGGCAGAAAUAGUCUUCACAACUGGGGCCGCCCAUAAUUUUGGAUUUGUGGCUGACUAUGCGAUCGCAUCGGGAACUUCAAGCUGGACUUUAUAUUUUACGGCAGAUUUUACCGGAAAUAGCACAUGUGUUCAUGCAGGUGGAGGACUCGUAUAUAAAUCUGCAACUUUCAGAUCGGCUAUCAUGGGAUGUAACAAAGAAAACGAAUCCAAUAAUGUUACAGUGAUUGGAAACGAGCCACGAUUUUUCCAAGCUUAAUUAUAUUUUUUGAAAUGAUGAAUUGGUUCAGGAUCCUAUUUUUUAAAUCCAUAUAAAUUUAAAUUCAAGUAUAAUUGAUAUUGAAAAAUUUUCUCAAAAAUUUGUAGAGUUUGCGAUAUAAUAAAUUAGUCCUUGGAAUCAA